AAAACAUGUCAACUAAAAAAACAUUGUAAAAAGGAAAAUGUAUCAACUAAAAAGAAAAUAAGGUAGUAUUAUAUUCCGUGAGACCGUGACGGACUCACCUUAGGUCACGGUGACCUUGGAAAAAAAAAAAAAUUAAAAAACACACUCCUCUUUUCUUUUACGCUGCACCCCUUUGCUCUCUCUCCCACAUUUUAAGCGUACUAUAAAUUCUGCAUUGAAGCAGCUUCUGAGCUUUCUUUCCUCCAUUGAUACAUCUUCUAAGGAAACUGAUACAUAGCAUAAUUGUCAAUUCAUUGAGAAGGAAGGUAUGGAGAUAAAAUUAGGGGACCACCCUUUUGACGUAGACUUUCAUCCGUCGGAUUCUCUUGUUGCAACUGGAUUAAUCAAUGGUUACCUCCUAUUGUAUCGUUAUGCUGCUGAAGCAGAACCACAACGUUUGCUGAAUGUUCGUGCCCACAAGAAGUCUUGUAGAACUACCCGGUUUAUCAAUGAGGGACGCGCAAUUGUGACGGGAUCCGCAGAUUGCUCAAUUCUUGCCACUGAUGUUGAAACUGGAGCAAAGAUUGCUCACCUUAAAAAUGCUCACACAGAUGCAGUCAAUAGUAUAAUCAAUUUGACUGAAGCAACCAUUGCCUCGGGGGAUGAUUCAGGAUGUGUCAAGUUAUGGGAUACCAGGCAACAAUCUUGCUGUCACACUUUUCAAGUUCAUGAGGAAUACAUAUCAGAUAUGACUUUUGCAUCAGAUUCGUUGAGACUUUUGGCUACAAGCGGAGAUGGUACUCUGUCUGUAUGCAGUAUCCGGAGUAAUAAGGUCCAAGCACAGUCCGAAUUUUGCGAGGAUGAACCACUGUCUGUAGUCAUAAUGAAGAAUGGCAGGAAAGUUAUAUGUGGGACACAAAGUGGGACUUUGUUGCUAUAUUCAUGGGGAUUCUUCAAAGAUUGCAGUGAUCGAUUUGUUGAUCUGAGCCCUAACUCAGUAGAUGCUCUCUUGAAGUAUGAUGAAGACAGACUCAUUACUGGAUCAUCUAAUGGGCUCAUCAGUUUGGUAGGCAUAUUGCCCAACAGAAUCAUUCAACCCAUUGCUGAGCACUCAGAGUAUCCAGUUGAGCGUCUAGCUUUUUCACAUGAUAAGAAGCUUCUUGGAAGUAUAUCUCAUGAUAACACAUUAAAGCUGUGGGAUAUGGAUGAGUUACUACAAGGUCCUAGCACGGUGACAAGAAAUGAUACAGCUGCAGACAGUAAUAGUGAUAGUGAUAGUGAUGGCAUGGAUGUUGAUUCUGAUCUUGCAAAUGCUUCCAGAGGUACUAAGAGGAAGAACACUGGUACUGGCAACGGGAAAGCUUCAAGCAGUUCUUUUGGAAGUUUUUUCGAAGGUUUGUAACAUUUUGCAGAAUAUCUGCAAUGUGGACAUAUCAAUCAGUGAAUGUGUUGAUGCCCCGCGCUUGUCCUUAGAUGUUGCUUUUGAUGUGCGCGUCAUGCUUCAUAUGGCAAUUUUGUUAAGAUUCUAAACUUUUUAUUAUAAUUAUUUUUCUUAAAAUACUGUAGACUUUAAUGGUUAUAAUUUUUUAUCCGUCCAACUUUUUAUGUAGUAAAUCUGCUAUUUUUGUAGUAUUUUGGUCUUAAGUUCCCAUUUAGGUUAAUGUUAUUUUCCUUUUCUUCACAUCUGAUUAAAUCGAACUAGCUACAUUUUCUCAAGUUCAUUUCUCCAAAUUAAUAGAUAGAUAUAAUCAUACGGUAAGCCUCUUACAUUUAGCCAAGGAAUUGUAAAGUUGCAUUUCAUAUUGUGCUGACACUACCAAAUAACUAUUCAUAUAAUUUACUUAUAUUAUACUUC